AUGAAUCGCAGACCACCAGACCAGGUUUGCGUAUUGGCGACGGAAAGCUGGGGACUACUCCGGAGCGCGCUCAUCUCAGUGGCAUUUGUCGCACUCGUGUUUGUGGGACUCAUCGCUGCGAAUAGGUGUGAGCAGCAGAUGGUUCAUCGUUGCAUGGGCACUGCUGCUAUGCCUGGUGGAGCCGUGGACAUUGGUGAGCGGUUCGGGCCCACUUGUCGUUAA